UCUACAAAAACUCCACCCCCACCACCUCUGGGCCACCCUUUUUUUCUGUUUCAAUGGCGGGUCUACACACCUCUCUCCGCCCACAACCACCGUCCUCCGCCGCCAACCACCACUCCUUCACCGCGAAGCUUCUUCUCCUCCUCACCCUCCUCCCCCUCACCCUCGCCGUAUUCGCCUUCCUCCUCCAAUGGCGCGGCGGCGGCGUCGAUGAUCCCAUUUCCCGAUGGUCUCCCGACGAAUCUCACAAGUUCCCCGGUAUGGAUUCAUCACCUCUCGCCACCGUCGGCCACUCCGCCUCUCAUUCUUCUGAUUGCUCCACGCUGCUGGGACACUCCACUGCUUCUUUACCGUAUUUCAGAGAUUGGAAGUUCAAAUUUGACGCCGAUCUUAAGCCCAAGAUAUGUAUUACAACUAGUACAUCUGCUAGCUUGGAGCAGAUCUUGCCAUGGAUGUUUUAUCAUAAAGUUAUUGGGGUGUCGACAUUUUUCCUUUUCGUUGAAGGGAAGGCCGCAUCUCCUUCAGUUUCCAAAGUUCUUGAAUCUAUUCCGGGGGUGAAAGUCGUAUACAGAACCAAAGAACUAGAAGAGCAACAAGCUAAGAGUCGGAUCUGGAAUGAAACUUGGUUGUCAAGUUUCUUCUACAAGCCUUGCAAUUACGAGCUUUUUGUGAAGCAGUCCCUAAACAUGGAGAUGGCGAUAGUUAUGGCAAGGGAAGCUGGAAUGGAGUGGAUACUUCAUCUCGACACUGAUGAAUUGAUACAUCCAGCUGGCGCUCGGGAAUAUUCUUUGAGGCAAUUGUUGCUUGAUGUACCUAGGAAUGUUGACAUGGUUGUUUUUCCCAAUUAUGAGAGUAGUGUUGAACGAGAUGACAUUAAAGACCCUUUCACUGAGGUGUCAAUGUUCAAGAAAAACUACGACCAUUUAACAAAAGACACUUACUUCGGCAUGUACAAGGAAUCAACCCGUGGAAAUCCGAACUAUUUUUUGACCUAUGGGAACGGAAAAUCGAUUGCUCGAGUACAGGAUCAUCUUCGCCCUAACGGUGCACACAGAUGGCACAAUUACAUGAAAACUCCAAAUGAGAUUAAAUUGGAAGAGGCUGCUGUUUUACAUUAUACAUACGCCAAGUUCUCUGACUUGACUUCUAGGAGGGAUCGGUGUGGUUGCAAGCCUACGAAAGAGGACGUCAAACGAUGCUUUAUGUUGGAAUUCGAUAGAGCUGCAUUUAUAAUUGCUUCUACUGCAACAGAGGAGGAGAUGCUAAACUGGUACCGUGAGCAUGUGGUGUGGACUGAUAAAACAAUAAAUUUGAAAUUGUCGAGGAAGGGAAUUUUAACGCGCAUAUAUGCUCCCAUGACAAUAAUCCAAGGUUUGAGGGAAUCUGGUGUAUUUAGAACGAUCAUUGCCUCGGCGCAAGAAUCUCUAUCCAAGGACAAAUUCUUAGCAUCAAUCGAGAGCAGUAACUCCUCUGUAAAAGCCGCCGAUGCUGCUGGUUCAACUGUACUGCAUCGAUCAAGAAAGAUAGGUAGAGAUAGAGAGUCUCAAUCAACGGCUAGGAAAGUUCUAGAAACAACAACACAACCCCACAUCUUUCUAGAAGAAGCGGUCCCACCAUUAUCUCCGCCAGGCAUGGAUGGUGGCCUUACGAUUGAAUCUUGAUUCGUUCUCCCGCAUGAAUUUGCUCUGCUCUUUUUCUUUCUUCGAUAUUAAAUUUUGUCCGUUUUGUGAUCGAGUUUAUUAUUAGGAAUAGGGAAGAUUUAAAGCGAGCAAGUUUUUUGAGGGGGGUUUCAAUUAUGGUCAAUCCGUUGGCUAUUUCCCGAUCAUUACCCAAGCGGAGGUGUAUACUUAUAAUGUAGACAGAGGGAGAAAAGUGGCCUUAGUAGAGAUGUUUGGCAUUGACUGAUAAUGUACAGAAAUCGAGCAUCUAAUCAUCGAAGUUGUUUUCUUUUGGUUGUUGUAUAGUGCUAGUACAUCUUUUAAUGAAUAUGCUGUUUUUUUUUAUUUUUAUUAAAUUUGUGCGUUUUGGGUUAAUAUUAUAUACUAGUUUCGGUUU